AUGAACAAGGGUUAUACCCAGGAUCGGUCAGUCAAGCAGAAGCGAGAGGAGAUACAAGCAUCCACCCCUUUGAACAUCCCACGUACAAAGUUAUUAAUGGAAAUACAACACAUGAAAGAGCUCAAAUGGCCUAAACCGAUGCUGACUCCCUCCAGCAAGAGAAAUCAAAGUAAGUACAGCCAUUUUCAUAAAGAUCACGAACAUGAUAUCGAAGAAUGUCUGCAGUUGAAGGAGGAAAUUGAGCGCCUACUAAGGUGGGGACUAUUGGCUAAGUAUGUAAAAAAUGAUAGGGGCAAGCAAAGGCUCGAUGAUCGACCCCCGCCAAGGGUAGGAGUGAUAAACAUGAUCAUCGGAGAUGUAGCAUUGGGCGGCGACUCAAAUUCUGCUAGAAAGAGCUAUGCGCGUUCCAGCAUUACUUUCAACGAAGAGGACUUGAUUGGUGUAACGCAUCCCCAUGAUGACGCCUUAGUGAUAGUAGGCGAUAUAGCGGAUUUUGACGUGAAGAGGAUGCUAGUUGACGGGGGAAGUACUGUGAACGUCCUCACUUGGGAAGCCUUCUUGGGUCUAAAGAUUUCCUCUGAGAAGUUGAAGAUGGUGACUACCCCUCUAUAA